AUGCAGGCCCCGCGCGCCGAGCGCCUGUACAAGCUGCUGGUCAUCGGCGACCUGGGCGUGGGCAAGACCAGCAUCAUCCGGCGCUACGUGCACCAGAACUUCUCGCCCAACUACCGGGCCACUAUAGGUGUGGACUUCGCUCUCAAGGUGCUGCCCUGGGACCCCGACACCGUCGUGCGCCUGCAGCUCUGGGACAUCGCGGGUCAAGAACGAUUUGGAAAUAUGACAAGAGUCUAUUACCGAGAAGCUAUGGGUGCAUUUAUUGUUUUUGAUGUCACUAGGCCAGCUACAUUUGAAGCAGUGACAAAGUGGAAAAAUGAUUUGGAUUCAAAGUUAAGUCUCCCUAAUGGCAAACCAGUUUCUGUAGUUUUGUUGGCCAACAAAUGUGACCAAGGGAAGGAUAUGCUCAUUAACAAUGGCCUCAAGAUGGAUCAGUUCUGCAAGGAGAAUGGUUUCGUAGGAUGGUUUGAAACAUCAGCAAAGGAAAAUAUAAAUAUCGAUGAAGCCUCCAGAUGCCUGGUGAAACAUAUACUUGCAAACGAGUGUGAUCUCAUGGAGUCCAUUGAGCCAGAUGUUGUGAAGCCGCAUCUCGCAGCGCCCAAGGUGGUCAGCUGUUCCGGCUGUGCUAAAUCCUAG